UACCACUACAAAAUCUGCUCCUUAUGAAGAAGCCACAACCCCCCUCUCCCAACCUAAUCUCCUACACACACUUCUUUCGCACUGGUUUUAACUGUACUAACUUCUAUACACACUUCAUCCACUGUCAUUGAGAGAAUUUCUGCUAGUGGAAGUGCUGUCUCCACUGAAAUAACCAUGCCAUUCCAGUUCCCCCUCUCCUACCACUGCACUUACUCACGGUAC